CCCGUGUCCGUGUGUCCCGUGUCCAUCUGUCCCGUGUCGGUGUGUCCCGUGUCCAUCUGUCCCGUGUCCCCGUGUCCAUCUGUCCCGUGUCCCCGUGUCGGUGUGUCCCCGCAGGUGGCGGAGCUGGCAGUGGACAGUCUGUGCCGGGGGGUGUUUGCCGGGGACAGCCGAGCCCUGAGCGUGCGCUCCUGCUUCCCUGCGCUGUUCCAGGCCGAGAGACAGCGGGGAUCCGUCCUGCUGGGGCUGGCACUGCCACACGGCGGGCGUGGCGUGUCCCCGGCGGUGGCGCUGGCGCGGCGGGCGAGGACGGAGCGCUGGAGCCAGUGGUCCCUGCGGGGGGGCAUGGAGAGCCUGGCACACGCCUUGGUGGCCUUCGUGUCACCUCGUGGGGCUGAGCUGCGCUGCCACGCGGCCCUGACACAGCUCCGGCGUCACCGCGGCCGCUGGCAGCGCUGGCCCGGGUCGCUGGCCCGGGUGCUGUCGGCCGAUUUGUCACCGCUGGCUCAGGAGCUCGGGGCCAUCUCGGCCGCCUCGGUGGCCGUGGUCAACCUGCAGUACCGGGGGGUGGCACUGCCCGUCACGGGUUUUGGUCACCUGGUGCCAUCCUCGGAGGACCCGGCGCUGUUGGGCAUCGUCUACGACUCGGUGGCGUUCCCGGAGCACGACGGGACCCCCGGGGGGACCCCCGGGACUGAGGGGACCCCCGGGACCCCCUCGCUGAGGCUGACGGUGAUGCUGGGGGUCUCAGGUGAGGUUUUGGGGUCUCAGGUGAGGUUUUGGGGUCCCCAGGGGAUGUUUUGGGGUCUCAGGUGUCCCCAUCUGUCCCCGCUGUCCCCAGAGCGGAUCCAGCGUUUCCUGCAGGCUCAGGCUCUGCCCCUCAGCCUGGUGGGCGCCUCCUACGGCGGCGUCUCCGUCAACGACUGCAUCUCCAGCGCCAGGGCGGCCGUGGGGCGUCUUUUGGGGUCCCCCCCCGGCCCCCCAAACCCCACAGCGUGAAACAAACCCCGUUUUGGGUGGCUUUUCUUAUUUUUUAAUUGAAAAAAAAAAAAACCACUUAGAAAGGUC